AUGCUCGCCCGCACCUGUCGCACGACAAGAGCGCGGUUUACUCGCCCUCUGCACACCACCCUCGCCCGCAGGCGCGAGCCCUUCGACCCCGCCGCCGUCGAGCGCGCCUCCGAUGACGUCGACGUCUGCAUUGUUGGCGGUGGCCCCGCCGGCCUCAGCGCCGCCAUCCGCCUCAAGCAGCUCGAGCAGGAGAAAGGACACGAGAUCCGCGUCGUCGUUCUCGAGAAGGGCUCCGAAGUCGGCUCCCACAUCCUCUCCGGUGCCGUCCUCGAGCCCCGCGCUCUCAACGAGCUCCUCCCCGACUGGACCUCCCGCGAUGACCACCCUCUCACCCAACCCACCACCUCCACCUCCAUGCGCUUCAUGACAAAAAAUGCGUCUAUUCGCAUCCCUCAACCCCCUGUCAUGGCCAAGAUGGGCACCUACGUCGUCUCCCUCUCCAGGGUCACCGCCUGGCUCGGCUCCAUCGCCGAGCAGAUGGGCGUCGAGGUCUACCCGGGCUUCGCCGGAGCCGGUCUCGUCUACAGCGACGACGGCCGCAGCAUCCUCGGCGUGCGCACCAACGAGGUCGGUCUCGACCGCCACUUCCGCAUGAAGGACUCCUUUGAGCCCGGCAUGGAGUUCCGCGCCCGCGUCACCCUCCUCGCAGAGGGCGCCCACGGCUCCCUCUCCAAGGAAGCCAUUCGCCGCUUCAAGCUUCGCGAGGGACGCGACCCUCAGACCUACGGCCUCGGUCUCAAGGAGGUCUGGCGCCUCGACCCCAGCAAGCAUGAGCCCGGUAAGGUCGUCCACACCAUGGGCUGGCCCCUCGACUUCCGGACGUACGGAGGAGGAUGGGCGUACCACAUGGCCGACGGUCUCGUCACCCUGGGCAUUGUCGUUGGUCUCGACUACGGAAACCCGUACCUCAGCCCCUACCGCGAGCUCCAGCGCAUGAAACAUCAUCCCUACUUCCGCGAUCUGCUCUCAGGCGACUCCACUCGUCUAGCGUACGGCGCGCGCGUCAUUAACGAAGGCGGCUGGCAGUCUAUGCCUAAGCUCAAUUUCCCCGGAGGUGCCCUCAUCGGCUGCUCCGCCGGCUUCGUCAACGUCGCCAAGAUCAAAGGCACCCACAACGCCAUGAAGAGCGGCACGCUCGCCGCCGAGGCCGCCUUCGACGCCCUCGCGUCCCAGCCGGAGGAAGACAAGCCCACCGACAUGAGCGCAUACGACACCGCACUCCAGAACAGCUGGGUCCGCGACGACCUCUACGAGGUCCGCAAUGUCCGCCCGAGCUUCCAGACGCCCCUCGGCAUGUUCGGCGGCGUCGCGUACUCUGGUCUCGACACGCUCCUCCUCCGCGGCCGGACACCGUGGACGUUCCGGAACAAGACCGGGCUCAGCGACGCUGCGCACACCAGGCCCGCGCGGGAUUGCGAGCCGAUCCAGUACCCGCCGUUUGAGGCCCCGCUCUCCACCGACCUACUCACCAGCGUCGCGCUCACUGGCACCAAUCACGCCGAGGACCAGCCCGUGCACCUGCGUGUCCGGCAGUACGACGAGGCCUCGCAGCACGCUGGCGCGAAAAGCGCACAGAAAGCGGGGGGCCUCGCGACAGAGUCUUUCCGGGAGGACGCCGCGGCGCGACGGGAGCAUGUCAGGGUCAACGUGGGUGAGUACGCGGGGUUACUCGGGCGCGGGUGCCCGGCGCAGGUGUACGAGUACGUCGAGGACGAGGGCGCGGACGCGGCGGACGGCCAGGAGGUGGACCAGGUCGGCUGGGAGGGGCGGCGGCUUGUCAUCAACUCGCAGAACUGCAUCCACUGCAAGUUCUGCGACGUCAAGGUGCCGACGCAGGACAUCACCUGGACCGUGCCCGAAGGUGGCGGCGGACCGAAGUACACUAUCACAUAG